AUGAAGGCACAAGUGGUGGAUUGUAGGCAGUACACCCCGGUAUGGGUGUACGGGAGCCAGCGCGGAGCACUGGAUACCAUUCCGAUUUCAACCUUGCAAUCAAACACCCUCACUCGGAAAGUGAAGCGGACCCUGCCUAGCCCCCCACCAGAAGAAGCUCAGAUUCCUCUGACCAGCCAAGCCCACUCACAGAUGUACAUGCCUGGCUUCAUGCCAAAGGGUAUUGGCGGGCAGCCCAUCCAAGUGACCAAAGCCAGCCUCCUUAGAGAACUCGACCGGGACUUGAAGCUGGUAGAGCAUGAAUCCACAAAACUGAGAAAGAAACAAGCCGAGCUGGAUGAAGAAGAGAAAGAGAUUGAUGCCAAGCUGAAGUACCUAGAAUUGGGGAUCCACCAGAGGAAGGAAUCUUUGCUGAAGGAUCGGAAUAUUCACGAUUAUCCGUAUUUGAUGCGCUUGGGAGAGAAUCGAGAUUAUAUGUCAGACAGCGAACUAAAUAACCUUCGCCUCUCUGGUUAUGAGACUGGAAGCCUCCUGACAAGGCCCAGCGCCACCCCUUCUAACCAAUAUGCAGAAUUUUCCAGCACCCAGUAUACUUCAACAACUUCCUACACCCCAUACCAGUACUCCUCAGUUCAGACCGCUGCACAAGGGCCAGCUGCAUUCCAGCAAACAAGAUUUCAACCUCCAUACUAUCCUCCAGCAAGCAGUGGUCCUACUCAACAUGAUUUCCAGCCAAACCAGAUGCCUGCUUACCCUUCCCAAACUACAUACCAGGCACAUAGCUUCACCCCAAGUACUGGGUAUCAGUCUGAACUGGGCCUACAGAGCCACCAAGGCUUCUGCCCACCUUACCAAGUUCAGACCGCUUAUCCCAGUCAGCCUGCUCAGGGUGCUCUUCUUCAGACUCAUGCAGACACCCACACAACCUCCCAGAAACCAAGACAGACCUCACUGGCUGACUUAGAGCAGAAGAUCCUGACCAAUUAUGAAGUCAUUAGCAAUCCCACUGUGGUGAUUUCUGCUGCGACUCCAGAAGUGAUCUACAGCACCGCAACAGUGACCAGCAGUUAUGAUCAACACAAAGCCCCAGAAGGGAGGCCAGGAGAUAGGAGCAGUGCUGCACAAAGUCCCUCUACAAGCUAUUCUUCUGACUCUCUAUAUACCAAUCUAGAGCAAAACAUUCCUCGGAACUAUGUGAUGAUUGAUGAUAUCAGUGAAUUAACCAAAGAGAGCAGCACAGGGGAGGGUCAGAAAGGAGAUUUGCCAUCACACAGCAGCAAUGGGCUGCCUAUCAAAGAAAAGAGGGAGGUUGCAGAUGUAGAUGUCUCUAGCAGACCUUGUUGCUAUUCAAAAGGAGAAGAGUCUGAAGAGGAUAUUUAUGAUCAUCAUGGUCCAGACCAUCGGGGGAAAAGCUAUCCUAAAGGCACAGAGAGCAAUGGGAGAGUAUCAGGUAGUUCGUAUUAUUAUGGAGACAGUGAUUAUAGGUCAUCCUCUCGUCCAGACAAGCAUGGAGCAAGUAUGGGAGUACAAAAACACUCUUCAAAAAAUCUGGCCCCUGCUGUCAUCUCUUCCAAGCGCAGCAAGCAUAGGAAACAAGGUAUGGAGCAGAAGAUCUCCAAAUUCUCCCCUAUAGAAGAAGCCAAAGAUGUAGAAUCCGAUCUGGCCUCCUAUACAGCGACUACAUCAGUUAGUAGCAGCAGUGUAGCAUCCAGAGCAAGGAAAAUGCAAGAUGAUAUCACUUAUGGCCUAAAGAAAAAUGUAUAUGAACAGCAGAAAUACUACGGUGUAUCCAACAGAGAUGGGAUGGAAGAAGAUGAUAGAACAUAUAGUGGUGGGCGAUCAAGAUCCUCUGGAUAUGUGUCAGAAAAACUGUCAAGCCGUGAAAUUAGAAGCAGAUCUUAUGAAAGAGAGAGCAUGGAGAGGCCUCAGAAAGGAAGCUCCAAGCCUUCCUCCCUUAGUAUGAGUCAGAGUCGUGGGCGACCUCCAAUUCGCACGCAAACUUCAGAAGAAGAAAGUCCUAUCAGUCCAUUGGGGAAAUCCGUGGGCGUAUCGCGAUCCUCAGGUGGUCCUCUUCCUCAGUCAGCUGGAGACAGUUGCUCCCAGUUUUGCUCUAGUCACUCAUUGCCUGAUGUACAAGAACAUAUUAAAGAUGUGCCAAGAACCCACUCUUACAAACACGAAGAAGGCUACAUCAUGGACGAUUCACACUGUGUUGUUUCAGACAGUGAAGCCUACCACUUGGGCCAAGAGGAGACGGACUGGUUUGACAAACCAAGAGAACCUCGUUCAGAGAGGAUGAGGCAUUACGGUGGGCAUUCCUCAUCCUCUCAGAGGAGAGGUCCAGUUAAACACACCUAUCAUGAUUAUGAUGAGCCCCCAGAUGAAGACUUGUGGCAUCACGAUGACUAUUCCCACCCACGUCACCCUUCCUCCAAAGAUCACAGGAACCAUGGAGAUUAUGGGCGACAUUCAUCUUCCUCCCGCCACUCCACUGAUGACCUACCCAAGAGAUCAUCCAGGCAACACCCAAGGGACCCAGUCCGCCAUGAGCCACAUGGACGCGGACAUGGGCAGCCCACUUCCCAGAAGAAGGCUCAGCAACCAGAUUCAAGAACGCAGCAAGGUUAUCCUCCCAGCUCCUCGGAGUACCCUCAACAGUCGCGACAGCCGUCUGGCUAUCAUCAUACCUCAGAGUCCCAGAAAUCCCAGAGGCAGAUGCAACAUGGGCUGCCAUCUCAGCAGCCAAAAUCCGAGCCUCUGUCUCACCAACAGCAGCAGCAGCAGCAGCAGCAGCAGCAAAAGCAGCAGCAGCAACAACAGCAGCAGCAGCAGCAGCAGCAGCAGCAACCCAGGCAACAGCAAGUUGGGCAGCAGCAACCAUCAUCUAGGCAGCAGCAACCACCAGGCAGACAACCUCAGCAACAGCAUCAAGCAGGUCCUUCUCAUCAACAGCCUCAACAGGUUCGGAUGCAGCAGCAACAACCACCACCACCACAACAACAACAACAACCGCAACAGCCACCACUGGGAACCCAAGCCCAACCAUCCUUACGGCCAGCCCAACAGCAGCCUGGUCAGCCUCAGCCAUCAGGCAAACCACAGCCAACUGCCCAAGCACAACCUAGCACUCACCAAGCAGGACCAGCUAAAGCAGAACAGCCGGAUGUAUCCAAGCCUACCACAAAAGUGCCACAGGUGGGGAAAGCACCCCAGACACAACCACAGGGGACAGCUGGAGGCAUUAAAUUGGGCCCCAAACCAACAGGCGCAUCCUUAUCUACAGGAGCAGCAGCUGGACAGCCAGGAGCAGAGGGUGAAAGUGUCUUAUCCAAAAUCCUGCCAGGAGGGGCAGCAGAACAAGCAGGCAAAUUGACAGAAGCCGUAUCAGCUUUUGGCAAGAAAUUCACAUCGUUUUGGUGAGAAUACAAUAUUCGGCAUUUGGGGAAAUAAGUGAAAUCUCAUCCUUGCACUGGAAAAACCUAUGAAGAAUCCAUUGGAAUUCAUUUGCCACUCUGAACUCUGGGUAUAAUACUUUUGAAACCAUGGAAAACCACUAGGCUCAGAGAACGAAACAGAAGAGCUGUUCAUACAAAUUUAUUCCUGUGGAUGUCAUAAGAUGCUCUUGGAGGGUGCCUGAGCCAACGGUCACAAAGGACUUUCAAAGCCACUGUUGUCAAUCCGUGUUCUGCAAGCUCAAGGGUUGAAAGCAGAUUCUUAGACUGAGAAGAUGUACGUAAGAAGGUGCAAUUAAGAGAAGAAGGGCUUGUCACACAGGCAUGCCACUUUUCUGUUGCUUGAGAUGUUUGGGACUCCAGAAACUACCUAUGACUGUAGUUCCAUUUGUGCCUAGCAUCUGAUUUUGAGAACCAUGGCCUUCUCUUAGGAUUAUACACAAAGUUACUGAAUUUUAACUCUAGUUCUUCAUAGGUUUUUCCCAUUCUUCAAAAUGUGCUUGAACUGAGGGCUGGGAGCUGGAUGCUCCAUUCUCCUUCACAUUCCAGUUUGCCCCAUCAACCCCCAUCCCUUCCAGUGUUUGUUCCCUCUCAUCAUCCCUGCAAUGGAAAGUCUGGGACGAAGGGAACUCUGACUAGGACCUAACACUGUUUCACUACUGAGUUAAGAGGCCAUAGGACUGAAAGGCAGUGCGAACUGGCUGACUAUUGACUGACACAAAUGCUGGCCAGGCAUGUCUUAUCAGCCACCCAAAGCCAUCCUGAAGCCAUUCUAAAGCAUUCAAAUGGCAGUGCUUUUCAUUGUUAAUGUUGUGCAUUGUUUUAUGUAUGCCUGGGAUUUUUUUGUUUUAAAAAAACAGCCUUAAUCAUUCCACUUUUAUUUACAUGUAUACCUCAUUGGUGCCCAGAAACUGGGGGCUUGGUUUAUUAUUUUUUGUGAGGUUCCUUUAAUUUUUUUCUUUUCUUUUCUUUUGCCUAGUAUCAUACAUCAUUAAUCUCUUAACUUUGUACUGAGUUAGCAUCUGAGCUGUUGUCGGCAGAAGCAAUAGAGUGCAGAAGGCUAUCAAGAGCACAAUCCAAUGUGAUGAGAAGAGCUUGCCUCUGCCAUCCUCCUUUAUCCUACUGUGCAAUUCAAGUCCUUCUUAAGCCAUUAUCGGUGGGCAUGCUCAGAAAGAUGGAGGAGCUACUUGGAACAGCGUGUUGGUAAACCUGCCCACUUGGAGCUCUUUGCACUGUAAACGGCAAGAGCCGAAAGAACACCCUGGGAAACAGCUCCUUUGGUGUUUUGUUUUUUUUUAACUUUUUUCGUUGUAAAAAAAAAAUCCAGUAAAUGUACAAUGCUCCAGUUCCCAUUUGUUUGUGCUGUUUCCUGCCCGUCUUUCAUCCACGCUGAGCAUGUUCAAGAACAACAAUUCAUUGGUGUGACCCAUAGGAGCUUCCAUUCACCAAGGGUAACAGCAAAAUGAUUCUCAUGUCUAAUGUUCUAUGCAAUGAAAUUACAAAAUUUUAAAGACAACUGUUAAUAUUUAAUAAGUUCAAUGUUAUGUAUAAGGAUUUAAUUGCAAACGUGCUAUCAAGAACCUGGAUAGAUAUAUUUAUAUCAAACACCUGUGUGUAUGAAGUUUCCAAUUAGUGGCAUGCUUCAAGGGACACUUUUGCCAAAGGGUAGCCAUAGAGCCAGUGACUGUCUCUGUCUGUAGUAGAGCAUGGCUUGCUACUUCUCUGCACGGUUUCAUCGACUUAGAAUGCUUGCCGUUCGUUCUUUGCUUGAAAUUCUUUUUCUUUUCUUCCAGUUGGUUCAUCUUCUUUACUGAAUGCCAUUACAGAUUUAUGCACUUGUUAUUGAAGCCCUGUCGAUGAACACCAAGAAGAGUAAUUAUUCCACAGAACAUUACACUAGAUUUUAUAUAUUUAAUUACACUCACUCUAGGCCCCUUGACACGUCCUCUCCUGCCAACUGCCUAGGGUCUACUCUUAGGGGCUUCUUGGCAUGGUCCAAACCUAAUGUACAUUCCUCCUGUCCAAAAUGUAAAUGAAAAUCCUAUUUAAUCAUUCAAAAAUUACUGUCUAGAAAAGUAUCCCAAGAAUGAAAUGACAAUGCCAGCUGGCGGCCCCUCGGGGGAGGGCCUUCUCUGUUGCUGCUCCGGCCCUGUGGAACGAUCUAUGAUCCAAACCUAAUGUACAUUCCUCCUGUCCAAAAUGUAAAUGAAAAUCCUAUUUAAUCAUUCAAAAAUUACUGUCUAGAAAAGUAUCCCAAGAAUGAAAUGACAAUGCCAGCUGGCGGCCCCUCGGGGGAGGGCCUUCUCUGUUGCUGCUCCGGCCCUGUGGAACGAUC